AUGGAUAUUCAAAUCGUUCUCAACCCGCACGAUCAGAUCAUCACCACCGGUGAUAUCAUCUCCGGAAGAGUCGUCCUGAACGCAAGGCGGAGAGUGACAGUGUCAACGGUUGAUGUUCGGCUCAAAGGCUACAUCCGUACCUCGUUGACGCCUGCCAAUGACACGAAUUCUGAAACAUGGAAACCGUGUCAUGUCAACCACGAGUUCCUCAGUAUCGCCAAGACACUUCUUUCGCCUGCAUCAUCUCGGAAAUGCUUCUGGAGCACCUCGACAAGCUUUUCUGCUGGACAGCAUGGCUUUCCAUUCCAGUUCAGGAUGCCCGCAACAACGACUUACCGAAAAGACACUCUCGGAAUGGAUGGAGAUCUUAUGGAUAAGUUGGACGUAAAACCACGGACCUACACCGAACGGGGCCUCCCGCCAUCUUUCACGCAACCAUUAGACGAAAUCGAAAUCGUCUACUGCAUCGAAGCCACGGCAACGAGGCCCGAUAUCUUCAAGGAGAACCUGCACACCACAUACCGCUUCAACUUCCGCCCAAUCGAGCAAGCCCGGGACCCGGUGCCGCAGUUAACCAGCAUCAAGCACCAGCACCAAUUCGACCUCCAGCGCACACCAACCCAACUCACCGAUGCCUCCACCUCCACCUCCUCCCCUGACUUCACCACCACCGCCGGCCUCUACCCCGAACUAGCCGCCGAAACGGCGGUGAUGACCUCGCCAACCCGCGAACUCGCCUCCAUCCUCAUCGACGCGCGCCUCCCCGCGCCCGACAUCCUCGUCCGCAACCACGACGUGCCGCUCUCGCUGACCGUCCGCAAGGUCAACGCCUUCGCGGGGCAGCUCUACCUGCGCAGCCUGCACGUCGCGCUGAUCGGCUACACCACCGUGCAGAAGCAGCAGCGGCCGUCUUCGUCGUCGUCCUCGCGCUCGACGCGGUCGCGGUCGCCCUCGCCGUCGCCAUCGGGCCGGGACGAGCGGGAGCAGGGGAAGAAGACGAAGCAGAGGGAAAAGGCAGACACCUGGGUCAUCGCUAGUACUUGUAACCUGCGCGUGCCAAUCGGCCACCCGGAUGCGCCCGUCGGCGCGCGCUUGGCGCUGCCGCCGGCGCUGUGGCAGGACAGGCCUGUGCCGGCGUCCGUGGCGCCGAGCUUCGAUGUGCUGUGUGGUGGUGGCGGGAACAACAACGGCGGCGGCGUUGCUGUGACACGCACGUACGAGCUGGAGGUGACGCUCGGGCUGGCGUAUGAGGCGGAGGAGCAGCAGCGGCCGGAUGGAGAGAACGAGGAUGAUGAUGACGAGGAGAAGCAGCGGCCGUUGUCACGCACGGUUUGGCUGCCGCUCAGGCGGAAGGUCGAGGUUUACGCGGAUUUUCCGGUUGGAGGUGCGGGUGAUGUGUCGCCAAUCCUAGCCUCCACGUUGCUCACGCCGGCGCCUAGCGGAACCGACAAGCAAUUACCACGGACAGCCUGCGCCACCAAGGAAAUCGACGACGCUCUCAGAGGAGGCCUUGAUCUCGGCGUCGGAGGCUUGACAUGCAUUAGCGGCGACAAAGGAACCGGCAAGACUGCGCUCGCUUUCGCAUUUCUGACCACACAUCUACUGAAUCAAGACACAAACCAAGCCGUCGUGAUAGACACGACUGGCACUUUUGAUGUCCUCAGACUCUACAGUACCAUUCUGUCAAGGCUCCGACAUGAUCCGAGACAUCGAAGAGUCAAAGAUGCAGCAGACGCACAAGAAGCCGCUGCCGAGCAAAUUCUUGGCAGGGUAAAGAUCAUGCGUGUGUUCGACUUUCUUGGCAUGAUUGAGGCCAUCUCCGAGGUGCAAGAGAGGCUUGAGAUCCAACGCCAUGAACGCGAACGCAAAGAGAAUGAUCUCUUACAUCCUACACCCAUUGAGCCAAUUGUCUUAGCCCAAGAGCAAGAAAGUGGUCGUAAACUAAAACGCAUCAGGAGCACUAUUCCUGACAGCGAUGAUGAGAUGGAAGAUGAGGAUGACGAUAUAAUGCUGGUCGAUGAAGAGGCGCAACCCUCAGAGAGCGUGAAGCAGCACGAAAAUCAUAUCCAAGAAAUGGAGGGGGAGGUGGAAGAUUGGAGAGUUGGCAUGAUUGUGGUUGACAACAUCACUCACGCGGUCAGUCCCAUGAUGAAAACCAACUAUGCCCAAGCUUCCGCGCUUCUGACGACCUUUCUCCGCUCCCUAUCCCAGCUCACCGCAAUGCACAAACUUAGCACCAUCCUCAUCAACGCCGUAACGACCGUCCCGAAAGCCCUCUCAUCAGCCACCAACCCACCACUCUCGUCAAUCUUCACCUCCGCAGAUCAUCUCAUGCCGGCUCUUUGCCCAAUCCUGCCGUCCCACGCCGACCUCCACCUUCUGAUCACCCCACAGCCCCUCACCCGCCAAGACGCCGUCAUCCUCGAAUCCUUCUCAAACAAGAGUCCAUCCCAGGCCGUCGGAAUCAGAGCAAAGCGUGUGAGCGUGGUAGAAGUGUUGAAUGAUCGCUACAGUGAUCGGAUCGGAAGAUGGGCGGCCUUCGACUGGGACGAGAGCGGCUUGAUCGUGGAUGUAGACGCAGAACGAGGAAUUCCGCGGAAGCAGUACCUUUUGCCUGGAUUCGCGAGUAAAGUAGUGCUUUAA